CUCCUCCUCCUCCUGCUCGUCCCUCCCGCGGGCGGCAUUAGCUCAUCGCGGCGCGGCGGCCGCGGGCUCCGAGCGGCCUUUUUUCCCUUUUCCCCUUCGCCCCCAUGGCCCUGUGCAACGGGGACGCCAAGCCCGAGAACGCCGGGGGAGAGCUCAAGGAUGGGCAGCACCACUACGAGGGGGCCGUGGUGAUCCUGGAUGCGGGGGCCCAGUACGGGAAGGUCAUCGACCGGCGCGUCCGGGAGCUCUUCGUCCAGUCCGAGAUCUUCCCGCUGGAGACGCCCGCCUUCGCCAUCCGGGAGCAGGGAUUCCGAGCUAUCAUCAUAUCUGGAGGACCAAACUCUGUGUAUGCAGAAGAUGCACCGUGGUUUGACCCAGCCAUAUUUACAAUAGGAAAACCAGUGCUUGGGAUCUGCUAUGGAAUGCAGAUGAUGAACAAGGUGUUUGGAGGCACAGUGCACAAGAAGAGUGUGAGAGAAGAUGGGGUGUUCAGCAUCACUCUGGAUAACACGUGUUCACUCUUCAGGGGCCUUCAGAAGGAAGAGCUUGUGCUCCUCACUCAUGGAGACAGUGUGGAUAAAGUGGCCGAUGGAUUCAAGGUGGUGGCACAGUCUGGGAACAUUAUAGCAGGCAUAGCAAACGAAUCUAAGAAGCUGUAUGGGGCACAGUUCCACCCCGAGGUGAGCCUCACGGUCAACGGGAAGAUGAUCCUGAAGAACUUCCUGUACGACAUCGCGGGCUGCAGCGGCACCUUCACGGUGGAGAACAGGGAGCUGCAGUGCAUCCAGGACAUCAAGGACAGGGUGGGCUCCUCCAAGGUCCUGGUGCUGCUCAGUGGCGGGGUGGACUCCACGGUGUGCACGGCCCUGCUGAACCGGGCCCUGAACCGCGAGCAGGUCAUCGCCGUGCACAUCGACAACGGCUUCAUGCGCAAGAGGGAGAGCCAGUCCGUGGAGGAGGCCCUCAAGAAGCUGGGCAUCCAAGUCAAAGUGGUGAAUGCAGCUCAUUCCUUCUAUAAUGGUACAACAACUCUGCCCAUCUCGGAUGAGGACAGAACUCCACGGAAGAGAAUUAGCAAGACCUUAAAUAUGACCACAAGUCCUGAGGAAAAAAGAAAAAUCAUCGGUGACACCUUUGUUAAGAUUGCCAACGAGGUUAUUGGGGAAAUGAACCUGAAACCCGAGGAGGUUUUUCUGGCCCAGGGCACCCUCAGGCCUGACCUCAUUGAAAGUGCUUCCCUGGUGGCCAGUGGCAAGGCUGAGGUGAUCAAAACCCACCACAACGACACGGAGCUGAUCCGGAAGCUGCGGGAGGAGGGUAAAGUAAUAGAACCACUGAAAGACUUUCACAAAGAUGAAGUGAGAGUGCUGGGAAGAGAACUUGGCCUUCCUGAGGAGCUGGUUUCCAGGCACCCCUUCCCAGGUCCUGGCCUGGCAAUCAGGGUGAUUUGUGCUGAAGAACCUUAUGUGUGCAAAGACUUCCCAGAGACAAACAACAUCCUGAAAAUCGUUGCGGAUUUUUCUGCGAGUGUGAAGAAGCCACACACUUUGCUGCAGAGGGUCAAGGCGUGUACAAGUGAGGAAGACCAGGAGAAGCUGAUGCAGAUCACAAGCCUACAUUCACUGAAUGCCUUCUUGCUACCAAUCAAAACUGUGGGAGUGCAGGGCGACUGUCGCUCCUACAGCUACGUCUGUGGCAUCUCCAGCAAAGAUGCUCCACACUGGGAGUCCCUGAUGUUCCUUGCCAGGCUCAUCCCACGCAUGUGCCACAACAUAAACAGAGUCGUGUAUGUGUUUGGCCCCCCGGUCAAAGAGCCCCCCACAGAUGUCACCCCCACGUUCCUGACCACAGGAGUCCUCAGCACUUUACGUCAAGCUGACUUUGAGGCUCACAACAUUCUCAGGGAGUCUGGUUACGCCGGAAAAAUCAGCCAGAUGCCGAUAAUCCUGACCCCCCUGCACUUCGACCGGGACCCCCUGCAGAAGCAGCCCUCCUGCCAGAGGUCUGUGGUCAUCAGGCCCUUCAUCACCAGUGACUUCAUGACUGGCAUCGCAGCCACCCCUGGCAACGAGGUCCCAGAGGAGGUUGUGUUGAAAAUGGUGGCAGAGAUCAAGAAGAUCCCUGGCAUUUCUCGGGUGAUGUACGACUUGACAUCAAAGCCACCAGGAACUACGGAGUGGGAGUAAUUAACUCUUUUUUUCUACCCAAGUACUGUGUGCAGUUCUAAACCAUAUCAGAAACCAUUCCCAGUGUUGACAUGCAGUACUGUGAAAGAGUGACUGGAGCUGCUACAUCGCAUCAGAUUCCUCUCCUGGAGCAUAAUCCUGCAGUUCAGAGCUGUGCUGGGGAUGAUCCCGCCGCGGGGUGAGGAGGUGAGGAUUGUACGGGUAAAGAACCGUGGCAGCACUGCCGGGCACACACAGGUCCCUCCUGCUUCUGCCUCUGUCUUACAGUUCUCCCCGUUGUUCUCAUGGGUUUUACUGUCAUUUCGGUGUCUCUUUUUGGUUUUUUUUGUACACUGUGUAAAAAGAGACAGUUUAUUUACUUCUACCAAAAGCAUUGUUCCAGCCUAGACGUGUAAAAGGAAUCCUUUGUGACCAACUGCUUUCGGACGGAUUUAUUAUAAAUAAAUAUUUUGCCAAAUGGAGUGGUGGGCACUGUCGA